CGCUGUGCGGAGCGCCGGCCCGAGCGGACAGUUGGGCCCCCUUCGCUGGGCCGGGGCCCCGAGGGAGAGAAACAAAAAGAAGAAGCCAGCGUCAUCGCGAUCGCCGGGAUCGCCGUUAGCGAAAUAAAUAGCCCCGAGUGAUGUGUGCGAAGCAGCACAGUGCCGAGGGGAGGGGCCGAGGGAGAAGGGGGAGCUCAGUCUGGGAAGGCCUCCUGGAGGAGGGCGGAGAUGCCGCCAUGACGGACCGCGCCUUCCCCACCCUGAGACCGCGCAGGAUCCAGAACCAGAACGUGAUCCACCGGCUGGAGCGCCGGCGCAUCAGCUCGGGCCGGGCGGGCAGCCACUGGCACCAGGUGCGGGUCUUCCACCAGAACGUCUUCCCCAACUUCACGGUGGUCAACGUGGAGAAGCCGCCCUGCUUCCUGCGCAAGUUCUCUCCCGACGGGCGCUACUUCAUCGCCUUCUCCUCGGACCAGACGUCGCUGGAGAUCUACGAGUACCAGGGCUGCCAGGCGGCCGAGGACCUGCUGCGGGGCCACGAGGGGGAGGUCCUGGCCGGCGGGGGCGACCAGCCCCCGGCGCAGCAGCCGCCGCCGCAGCAGCAGCAGGCGGCGGCGGCCCUCCGCGGGCGGCUCUUCGAGCGCUUCUUCGUCCUGCUGCACAUCACCAGCGUGGCGGCCCACGGCGAGCACCUCAACCGCGAGUGCAGCCUCUUCACGGACGACUGCCGCUGCGUCAUCGUGGGCUCGGCCGCCUACCUGCCCGAGGAGCCCCACCCGCCCUUCUUCGAGGUGUACCGCAACAGCGAGGCGGUCACCCCCAACCCCCGCUCCCCGCUGGAGGACUACUCGCUGCACAUCGUCGACCUCCACACCGGCCGCCUCUGCGACACGCGCACCUUCAAGUGCGACAAGGUCAUCCUGUCGCACAACCAGGGCCUCUACCUCUACGGGAACAUCCUGGCCGUGCUGUCGGUCCAGCAGCAGACCAUCCACGUCUUCCAGGUCACCCCCGAGGGCACCUUCCUGGACGUGCGCACCAUCGGCCGCUUCUGCUACGAGGACGACCUGCUGACCCUGUCGGCCGUCUACCCCGAGGUCCGGCGGGACGGCCAGGCGGGCAUGGCCGGCCCCUACAAGGAGCCGGCCAUCAACUCGCUGAAGCACCGGCUGCUGGUCUACCUGUGGCGCCGGGCCGAGCGCGACGGCAGCGCCGUGGCCAAGAGGCGCUUCUUCCAGUACUUCGACCAGCUGCGCCAGCUACGCAUGUGGAAGAUGCAGCUGCUGGACGAGAACCACCUGCUCAUCAAGUACACCAGCGAGGACGUCGUCACGCUCAGGGUCACCGACCCCUCCCAGCCGUCCUUCUUCGUGGUGUACAACAUGGUGACGACGGAGGUGAUCGCCGUGUUCGAGAACACCUCGGACGAGCUGCUGGAGCUGUUUGAGAAUUUCUGCGACCUCUUCCGCAACGCCACCCUGCACAGCGAGGCCGUCCAGUUCCCCUGCUCCGCCUCCAGCAACAACUUCGCCAGGCAGAUCCAGCGCCGGUUCAAGGACACUAUCGUGAACGCCAAGUACGGCGGGCACACGGAGGCGGUCCGCCGCCUGCUGGGGCAGCUCCCCAUCAGCGCCCAGUCGUACAGCGGCAGCCCCUACCUCGACCUCUCGCUCUUCAGCUACGACGACAAGUGGGUGUCGGUCAUGGAGCGGCCCAAGACCUGCGGCGACCACCCCAUCAGGUUCUAUGCCCGGGACUCCGGUCUGCUCAAAUUUGAGAUCCAGGCCGGCCUGCUGGGCCGCCCCAUCAACCACACCGUCCGCCGCCUGGUGGCCUUCACCUUCCACCCGUCCGAGCCCUUCGCCAUCUCAGUACAGAGGACCAACGCCGAGUACGUUGUCAACUUCCACAUGCGCCACAGCUGCACGUGAAAGGAGGCCGGCCGGGCGGCCCGCCCACCUCCACAGGCCCGUGGUCCCCCGGGGGGCCGGCGCAGCGGAGCCCGGCCGGGACCGACCUCUUGGUGCGUCGGUCUCGACCGAGCGCGGACUGAUUUCGGGCCACCCCCGGUAACUCUCGGGGAGGCAUCCAGCAUUAAGUUUUAGGUUUGGUUGGGGGUUUUUUUUUUUUUUUUUUUUUUUGGUUUUUGGUUCUCUUUUUGGAAUCGGACCGACAGGUAGGCGAGAACUCCCCGUUGGUCCCGAGUCGCCUUUCCCGGCCGGCCCCUCCGGGCUUCCCGCCGCGUAGCCCGAAGCGGGGCCGGUGGCGUGGACACAGCUGUCGAUUCCCCCUCGCUCCUUUCGUCCAGUCAGAAGGCAAGCCUGUCUUUUUAAGAGAAAAUAAAGGCCCUGGUAUUUUCUUACAAAUUCA